AUGCAAAGGACUGACUUGCCCUUAGAUCCCAAACAGGCAGCUGCUAUAGAAAGACGUAGGCUUUUUGAGAAAGAAAGAAAGGCUCGUUUUUUUGAUGAAAGGACUAGACUAAUUGGAGUUGAUGAGCGCGCGCUUGCACAACAAGUAAGAGAACGAAAAGAAUAUGAGGAAAAUGAGCGCUGCAGAGAGGUGGCCUAUGCUAAAGAAGCAGAAAAGUACGACAAAAUUGCCAUUCUUCUGGAGAAAAGGCAAAAAAGAGAUCAAAAGGAGUUAAACCGGGCUCUGAAUGAGUUCCGAUUUAUACACCAGCCGCCGAGCUCCCGUCGCGAAUUCGAUCUAAAUGAUCCAGAAUCAAAGAAGAAGGAUCGGCCAGCCCGUGUCUCAGAUGAUGAUCCUAGAUGCGGGGUUUCUUCAAUGCAGAAAUUUGUUGGCGAAGAUCUAACAAAAAAAUCAAGGGACAAAUAUCAACGUGAACAGAUGCAGUGCUGGUUUCAGCAUCAGAUGGAAGAACGCAAUGCUGCUAAUUGUGCCAGGCAACAUGAUGAUCACCUCCAUGAUCUGUACCGUCGAGAGAUGGAUCAGCGUGCCUGCCAACUAGCGAAGGCGGAGGAGGAGUGUCGACGGGCCGUAAACACGGCCCUCCGUCGCUACAACGAGGUCCUUGCUGCUGAACGAGCCGAGCAGGAGCGCGUGAGGAGACUGCAGGAGCAGGGUGCGAAUGCCAUCGAGAUUGCCAACUGCAUCAACUCCGACCUGCUCACUGAGAAUCCUGCACAGGCAAUUUCAGCUUUUGGCCCGCAUCGCAUUUGCCCCGAUCGCUACAAGGGAUUCUCUCCUGAACAACUGGCGGAAAUCCGUCAACAACAAGUGCUACAAAUUAAAGAAAAAAUUCGCAUGAAAGAGGAGCAGAAAAGAAUGAACGCUGAAUUUGACUGUGAGCGUGCAAGGACCGGAAAGUUGAGUCUUCUCAUGGAGCGUCAGCUAGAGCGACUCGCGCGCGAUUACCGGAAGCAAAUUGCCCGAGACAAUUUGGUCAUGGCAAGAGAUCACAAAGCCUUUCAAAAGUAUCUCAAGGAAGAGGUAUACACAAAUCUGCCAACCGAGGCCUUCUUUGCGCAGUUCAACACAUCCACUCGUUAG